AUGAAGUCUUACACUCCAGUUUUCAUUCUCCUGUGGGGCGCUGUCGGGAUAGCAAGGGCUGCCAAAAUCGUUGUUGUGCCGCCAAUUAUGUUUGAAAGCCAUCUGUAUAUUUUCAAGGCCCUGGCCUCAGCCUUGCAUGAGCAAGGUCACCAGACAGUGUUCCUCCUCUCUGAGGGCAGACACAUCCCUCCAUCUAAUCACUAUAGACUCCAACGUUACCCAGGGAUCUUUAAUAGCAGCACCUCGGAUGAUUUUCUUCAGUCCAAAAUGAGGAGUAUUUUCUCUGGAAGACUGACAGCACUGGAACUAUUUGACAUCCUGGAUCAUUAUUCUAAGAACUGUGACAUGAUUGUGGGCAACCAGAACCUAAUGCAUGCCUUGAAACAGGAAAAAUUUGACCUCUUGCUAGUGGAUCCUAAUGAGAUGUGUGGGUUUGUUAUAGCUCACCUUUUAGGCGUUAAAUAUGCUGUUUUUUCCACUGGCCUUUGGUAUCCAGCAGAAGUAGGUGCUCCGGCUCCUUUAUCUUACGUUCCAGAAUUUAACUCACUUCUCACAGAUCAUAUGAACUUUCUAGACAGGAUUAAAAACACUGUUAUUUAUCUGGUUUCAAGAUUAGGAGUCAAUUUUUUGGUUCUGCCGAAAUAUGAAAUGAUAAUGCAGAAACACAAAGUGCUGCCAGAGCGGUCGAUGCAUGAUUUGGUUCAUGACUCCAGCCUGUGGAUGCUGUGUACAGAUAUAGCACUAGAGUUUCCAAGACCCACGCUACCAAAUGUUGUUUAUGUGGGAGGAAUCCUCACCAAACCGGCCAGUCCUCUACCAGAAGAUCUUCAAACAUGGGUGAAUGGUGCUAAUGAAAAUGGCUUUGUCCUUGUCUCAUUUGGAGCUGGAGUGAAAUAUUUGUCAGAAGACAUAGCAAAUAAAUUAGCAUAUGCCCUGGCAAGACUUCCUCAGAGGGUUAUCUGGAGGUUUUCAGGAAGCAAGCCGAAGAAUUUAGGAAACAAUACAAAACUCAGAGAAUGGUUACCACAAAAUGACCUCCUUGGUCAUGCUAACAUUAAAGCCUUCCUUAGCCAUGGUGGUUUGAACAGUAUUUUUGAAACCAUGUACCAUGGAGUGCCUGUGGUGGGAAUUCCCCUCUUUGGAGACCACUAUGAUACUAUGACCCGAGUGCAGGCCAAAGGCAUGGGAAUAUUAUUAAACUGGAAGACAAUUACUGAGGAUGAACUAUAUGAAGCACUGGUGAAAGUCAUUAAUGAUCCCAGCUACAGGCAACGGGCCCAAAAGCUGUCUGAAAUUCACCAGGACCAACCCGGGCAUCCUGUUAAUCGGACAGUGUACUGGAUUAAUUACAUCCUCCGACACAAUGGAGCACAACAUCUACGUGCUGCUGUUUACACCAUCUCUUUUUAUCAGUAUUUCUUACUGGAUAUUGCCUUUGUUGUACUACUUGGUACUGCCUUAUUUUACUACAUUUUGGCCAGGAUAGCAAAGUUUAUCCACAAACAAAGCAAACAUCUUUGGUCAAGUGAUGAACAUAGCACCAUUAAUGGACAUUACCACAACGGGAUACCAAAUGGCAAAUACAGAAGAAAUGGUCACAUUAAACAUGAAAAAAAGGUGAAAUGA